UAUAAUAUAUGAAAAGUGAAUUCUUCUAAAUUACUAUACUACAAACAAACAUUGUGAAACACAAUUAUUUGGAAGCAUUAACACAAAUAAAACAAAAGGCCAAGUCAUUGUAAUCAUAAUUUCAUUCAUUAUAUAUACACUUCCUUGUUGGGCCGUCCCUAUACUCUCCAUUAUUUCAAUUACUACAAUGUUCUUCUCACAAAGCUUUGAGUUUAUUAUCAAUUUUAGUCCCUAACUUUCAUUUCUAUCUCAAUUUAACCCCUAUACUUUCAAUUAUUUACACUUAGUUCUCAUCUCUAUAUAAACAUCUUCAUCUUCCUCUCAAUUUACAAGCAUUCAACCCAAAAACAGAGAGAGAGAGAGAGAGAGAGAGAGAGAAAGAGGAGCCUUUUGAAAGAGGGAGAAAAAGGUAAAAUGUCCAAAGAUGAGAUCAUAAUUUUGGAUUGUAUCCUAAGUCCAUUUUGCAUGAGGGUUAAGAUUGCUUUAAAUGAGAAGGGAGUGAGCUAUGAGAGCAAAGAAGAGGACUUGUUUGGAUGGAAAGGUGGCAAAAGUGAGCUAUUGCUCAAAUCUAACCCUAUCCAUAAGAAAGUCCCUGUUCUCUUGCAUAAUGGUAACCCACUUAAUGAAAGCUCCAACAUUGUCACCUAUAUUGACGAGACAUGGCCUUCUUCUUCCCCUCUUCUUCCAUCUUCCCCCUACGAAAGAGCUCGAGCCCGCUUCUGGAUCGACUACAUCGACAAAAAGGUGUUCGAGACGGGUGGCAAGAUUUGGAGGAGCAAUGGAGAUGAACAAGAGGCAGCCAAGAAGGAGUUCAUUGAGAUUUUGAAGCAAUUAGAGGAAGCUUUAGGGGAUAAUGAUUUCUUUGGAGGAGAAAGGUUUGGGAUUGUGGAUGUGAUUGCUAUCCCAUUCAGUUGUUGGUUCUAUGCUUUUGAGAAAGUUGGGGGCUUUAAAGUGGAAGAACAUUGCCCAAAGCUAUCAAAUUGGGAGAAGAGGUGCUUGUUGAAGGAGAGUGUGGGUAGUGUCAUUCCUAGCCCUGACAUGGUGUAUGGGUUUGUGAGCUCCAUGAGGAACAAGCUUGGGCUUGAAUAGAAACAUGUUGUCAAAGACAAAUUGUUGUUUUUCACUUUGAAUGGUGGGUUUUGUGUGUUUGUGUGGAAUAAUGAGCUUGAAUUGUGAAGCUUUUCAUAGAUUUGGUGGGCUCGAAUUUGUGUAUUGUUGUGAACUAUGUGAGUUUUAUGGCUCAUCUUCUCAUUCUCAAUUUGGUGUGUUAAAUUAUAUACAUCUAACACACAAUUUGUAAUGACUAAUCAUUUCACUUAGUUGAGAUAUAAACUCACUCCACCCUCGGUUGAUUUCU